GCAACAAUUUCCGCACCCCACAACUCCCCGUACAACAACGAUAUGCAAUUCAAGACUCUCACCGCCACCCUCUGGCUUGCCGGAGCGGCAUUUGCAGGGGAAUGCCGGAACAUCACGGGUCCUGUCGUCCAUGAUACCCGACAUCAUAUUUUGUAUCGUGGUAGCGUUAAUAGUGACACAGAGUCCUUUCAGAACAUCCGGUUCGGCCAGGACACGAGUGGUGUAAAUCGCUUCAAGCACCCGCGGCCGUUUUUUUAUCCCUCUGGCUCCGUUGUUAACGCCACCAAAGCAGGUGCAGCUUGCCCACAAGUCCUGGGGAACCCACUGCCCCAGUUCUUUGGCAUCUACGGCAACGUAACCGAAAUCUCUGAGGAUUGUCUCACUGUCCGUGUGACCCGUCCCCUGGGUACACAUGCUGACGAUAAGCUCCCGGUUAUGGUCUAUCUUUUCGGAUCGGGGUACAACUUCGGAUCGAUCUACGACGAGAUUGCAUACGACGCCACCGGGCUUGUGCGAGAGACUGCAAAGAAAGGGCUGCCAGUCAUCUAUGUUGCUAUCAAUUAUCGGGUGGGCGUAUUUGGUUUUGCGUCAUCCAACGAGAUCAGAGCCGAAAAUAACAUCAAUUCGGGCCUUCUGGAUCAAUAUCUCGGCCUCCAAUGGGUUCAGCAAAACAUCGGUGCCUUCGGGGGUGACAAAGGCAAGGUAACCAUCUUCGGACAGAAUGUCGGUUGGACCAAUGUCCAGCUACAGCUGACAGCAUUUGGAGGCACAGCCGAACCCCUUUUCCGACGAGCUGUGCUGAUGUCUGGGCCCACGUCCGCUGGAUUGCUGCUCAACGCUGGUCUUUCAGAUGUCAACACAGCAAACUUGGCUGCAAGUCUCAACUGCACUGCAAAGACCGGGAACCAAACCUCAGUGGCGCUCUCCUGCUUGCGCUCCCUACCCUUGGAGACGUUGACGGGGGCCGCCGUGGCGUACGCAAACACCUUCUCCCCUCUUGGUGGCAUCGGCACCUGGCGGCCCACCGCACCAUCGCCAUUCAUCCCUGCGUCACCCUCGGCACUUCUCCGCGAAGGGCGCUUCCGCAAGAACGUGGACAUCCUCGUGGGCUGGAACGAAGAAGAUGGGACGCUCUUCGUGCCCCAGACGACGAACAGCAGCAAAGGCUUCACCGCCGUCGUACAGACCUUCUUUCCUGGACUGUCCGCGGAAAACCUGCAGGCGCUGAGCGACGACCUGUACCCCGCGGCUGGCUUCCACCCCUACCCGAGAGAGGGCAUCGACGCCAACUUCUACCGGGCGGCCCAGGUGAUCCGCGACGCGCAGUUCACGUGCCCCUCGCUGCGGCUGGCUCGAGCGCUCGCCAGCGGGCAGAGCAGCAACGUCUUCGCCUACUCGCUGAACACUUCCGUCCUGCGCCACGGCCACGCCCUGUAUAAUCGCAGCUUCGUCGGGACGGACCACUUCAGCGACAUACCCUACGUAUUCGACACCGUCGCCAAGGUGUACUCGGCAGUAGCCGACCAGAGUGAUUACGACAUGGCCUCUCGCACCUCGGCCAGCUGGGCCGCAUUCGCCCAUUUCGGGCAGCCUACAAUUCCCGGUCUGUCGGAUGAGCAGCUACAAAAACGAAACUUGACUUUUCCCGACUGGAGCCCUGUUUCCGAUGGAUACGAGUUGAGAGUCUUAGGGGGGGUUCGCGACGGCAUGGCCGAGUUAGAGGGUUCCUACGAUGAGAGAAUCGAGGAAAGAUGCGACUUCUGGGGUCAAGAAUCAGUUCUUAGCCAAACCUGGGCUUAGUACUUCUAGCUUGACCACUUAUCCAUAUUGAUAUUGAGUGUUAUUCUACUAGAUAGAAUAACCCUGUCAUGAUGUGGAUGAACUUUCUUUCUACUGCAAUGGUAAUCUCACACACGAACGCUAGUCGUCGCAUACACAUCCUGUCAAAGAGGGAGCAUUAAACUUAGAAGCCAGUCAAUUAAAUUGUGGGCUUAAUCGAGAGAUAUUACUG